AUGAGAGGCCGCACCACGUACAGCGAUCCCGCCCGCAACACUGAUACUGAUGUGGGCAAUACAAGCGAGCUUUCAGCCAUGUUCAGUGCGGACAAUCAUUAUAAGCAGAAACGAGUACCCCUACUGCGUACAACUUCACUCAAACUUCCAAAUAAACAGCUCUACACAGUGAAGGAAAAUAGCCAUGAGGAGCCAGCUAUCCCCAGCACAAAUGUCUCUUACCAUGCCUCGAAAUUGAUGGCGAACCGUCAGCGAAGUUCGGCAGCCAGCUUGCUCUAUACAAACGUGAAAAACAAACGCAACAGCAGUAAUCUUUCUUUGAAAGAUAUGCACAACAGCUCCACUGCGUCAAGUGGUCACAGCUCCGUCUCAAGCACCUCUCGUCCGGCAUUGAAUGUUGUUAUUCAGGAUCCAAAAAAUAGCAUCGCAGAUGCACCGUUGCCAGCUACCCAAAAUAACCCUAUCAAUCAUUAUCAAUUUGCCCGCAACAUGGCUACCAGACCUAAAAGCACUGGUACGGCUUAUUUGGCGGCAGACCGUGCAGGCUCGACAACCUCUCUCAAUGUAGAGCUUCGACCGCACAAAACCAACGCAAACACGUCUGGAUCACAGGGCUCAACCCUGUGGCCCCAUCCCGUUCAUAUAAAACCGGGUGGUCAUCUCUCGCAGGCCGAGAAGACCUCCACCUUGGGAGUGGCUGGCACAAAUGGCGACCACACUGUCAUGUCUUUGGGUAAGGAUGCAGCAGGUGAGAACGCGCUUUUAGAGACUCAGAUCGAGACCGCAAUGAGUGAAGAACUCUUCUCAAAGGACUAUGUUUUUGAUAAUUGCUUCGAUGACAUUAUACAAGACACAGCGACUGGUGGAAAUGAUAAAUUUCGCAGUGCUGCGAGCUCUAAUCAGUCCCCCCUCACGCGAAUGCCAGCCAGAAGACUGUCUAAGACUGAUUCUGCGACGCUGGAGGACUUUCAGCACGACCUACUGAAUAGGUCGAGUGCAGGGUCGCAGGACACGGCCUAUACGUCUCGUCUGCAGAUGAAGAUGGAAACCAUGAAAAACCGAUUCGACAGUUUCGUGACGAAUAAUGACUCUCUGGGCGCAUCCGGUAACUCUACUGCGAUACACCAAAUGGAUGCUUGCUCCCAUGAAAGUGACAACUCUAUCCUUUUCACCGUCCCGAAUGUUUCAAAGUCUGUGAUAGAUAUUUACCGCGAAAAGAACGAUGAAGCGGUCGCAGGCGACCCUAAGGUACAGUUUCCAAAGUUCUGGUUCCACCAUGAUUUGAGAACAAAGCUUUUGACAGAAGAACGAAGUAAUCAACUGAGGACUAUCGAACGGUUCUCUUCAUCAGGGGCAGCGGGCGAGAAAGUGGUAACUUCUAGAAUAAAGUCUUUAUCACAGGAGGGAUAUCUCACGGACCUCAGCGAAGUCAAGAAAGGUAAGAUUAACCGUGCAAGAGGGUUAGGUACUGAGACGCCUGUUUUAACCAUGACGAAUGCUCUGGAACACUCAGAAUUUGAACAACUUUUCUUGAGCACUAGAAAUUUUAUUUCAUCAGCAGAAAACUCAGAGGCCGUGCUUGAUCCCGAAAAGAUGUAUUUGAAAGAACAGAUUCUUUUUGGGAAAGCGGUUUUUAAUAAAUUUUGGCGCGACGCUGAGCAGAUCGAACUUAUGCAACUCAGUCUUCCCGGUUCAAGUGUUCAGCAGUCUGGGGAUGAAACUGCGACGACAAAAAUUGAUGGCGGAUCUGCUUCUUCCCAUAUUGAUCGGGUCUCCGAUGCUGGAAUGCCUUUCUCAGUCCCUCCAAAUCUUCUACGGCAAGCGAGCCACUGA